AUGAACUCGGAGGCGUCUUGGAAAACGGCUUUGCCUCGGAGUCCAAUGGUCUCCCGCACUUACGACUCGAGGUGGAACAUAGGGUUUAGCCAAGUUUCGUGUGGCGAUUGCCAGCUGUUCGUGCGAUCACUCGCAUAUCCCGGCCUCCUCGGAAUCAUCGCCAGCUGUGGUAUUCUUGUGUUACCCGUAUGCAGUAGUAAUUACUGGGCCGUACCUGACUUCCCACCAAACACGUUAGCCCACCAGGAUAGCGGUCGAAUAGAAUAUGCGACCUGCUUUCGAGAGUACAAUCGUCGGCCAGUCUUGGCUUAG